AGUUACACUCUCGCAUGUGGAUGUUUUGGACAGUUGACACGUGUGUUUAGUGGUUGUGACUUGGACCACCCUUAUAUUGUGUACUGUUUUAACAUAAAAUAUGGCCAAGGCAGACACUAAAAACCGUAGGAAAAGGUUAAGUAAAGUUGUCAACAACGAACCUGUGGAAGACGAGGAAAACCCCACCACUGGAGAGCAGAGUGAAAGUGUUUCUUCAGCUGAACAUUUGGCCAUGAUAGAGGAUGAUGGGAAUAAAAAUGUGGCAAGGAGAGAGACACCAGAGGAAGAUGGAGAUAGACAAGAAUCUGAGGUGGUUUACAAAGUAAAAGGAAGUAGAGCACCCACAGUAACUGUUUCCAGGAAGAUGAAUAAUGAAGGGGAUGAAGAAAAACAAACUGCCACUGAUGAAGUGACUGCUAAGAAUAUGAUGGAUAAAGACUCUGAGAUGGAAACUGUGACGUACGAAGUAAAAGGAAGUACAGUGACCACAGUGAGUGUUUCUUGGGAAAAGGAGGAUGAAGCAAAGAGGACUGAUGCAAAUGAUCAGAUGACUGCUGAUGAAAUGAUGGACAAAGCAGGUGAGACCAUCACUACUGUGGAAAGAGUCAUCACUGUAGAGGAGGCUCCUAAAGAGAAAAAGCAAGAACAAGAGAUUCAAGAGAUUGAGGAGCCUGAAGACAAACAAGAAGUUCAGAUAGACACUGUGGAGAGUGAAGAAAAUGAAAGUUCACCCACAGUAACCGCAUGUGAAGAGAAGAAUGAGGAAGAAGAGAGUGACGACAUUAAAAUGGAGGCAAAUGAAAGUGAGACUGUUGUUACAAAAACAGCCGUAAAGGGGAAACGGAAAGCAGAAUCCACCGUCACCACCUCCCCACCAAAGAAAGUGAAACUCAUCAAUGAUGGUUAUUGUCUUUAUAUUGGAAACCUGAAAAAAUCAACAAAAUUCGAAGAACUCAAAAAUUCAUUAGCCACUUACUUCAUGACACACAGUCUCCUGGUUCAGGACAUCCGACUGGCCCGUUCUAAAACACAUGCACAUGUAGAUUUAGCCUCACAAAUGGAUUUGACUAAAGCUCUGACAUUAAAUGGAGAAAAGGUCCUCGGUCAGCCAUUGAAGAUCAGAAAAGCAAAAGUUAAGGUUGAGGAAGAGGUGAAGGUGAAAGAUCCACUGAGGAAGAAAAAAGCAAAAGAUGCCAGAUGUUUGUUUUUGAAAAAUGUUCCACACACUGCAACAAAGCAGGAUAUUUUGAAGCUUUUUCCCAAGGCCACCGCUGUCCGGUUUUUUGAUGGAGCUGAGAGCCCAAAGAAAGGUAUUGCUUUUGUAGAAUUUCAAAACAAAGCCAUUGCUGAGAGAGCACAGAGGAAAGGACAAAAAGCCAAGAUCCAAGGGCAGGUUUUGAUUGUUGACACUGUAAAUAAACCAAACAAACCUGAAAUGAACAAAGCAAAUAAUGACACAAAGAGCAACACAAAAGCUGCACCUCCUCCAAAUAAGAUUUUGUUUGUGAGCAACCUGUCUGAACAUGUCACAGAAGAAAACCUCAAGAAAGUCUAUCAGACAGCCAUUAAUAUCACUAUACCUAAAAACAACAGGAAAUCAAGAGGAUUAGCCUUUGUGGAGUUUGCAACUGUAGAAGAUGCAGAAAAAGCCAUGCAGUCGUCCCAAAACGUUAAAAUCCGCAAAAGGAAGAUCAAAGUUCAGUUCUAUCUGAAACCAAGACCUCAGGCGGCCAGUGUUCUGUCCAAAACACUGUUUGUGAAGGGCCUCGCUGAAAAAACAACUGCACAGACUCUUAAAAGUGCCUUUGAAGGAGCUCUAAGUGCAAAAGUCAUUGUAGAUAAAGAUACAGGGGUGUCAAAGAAGUUUGGAUUUGUGGACUUUAAGACUGAAGAAGCCUGCAAAUCUGCCAAAGAUGCCUUUGAGGACUGUGAGAUAGAAGGAAGUAAAGUCACUGUGCUUUACGCCCGACCCAGACCCAUCAGAAGAGUUCUGGAGGAGCCAAUGGGUGGACAUUAAAUGAGGACAAAGGCGUGGAGCUGGACCAACACAGUGAAUGGCUAAAGGAGUGGAAAAUAUAGCAUAAUUUCUUUUUUUUUUUUUUUUUCAUAUCCAUCUACGAGUAUGAAUGAGGUCUCUGAAGAUGUUUGGCUGAAUGUUCUAUAAUUGGCUGUUUGGACUAAAAAUAAAUGGUGUUUUAACUGUGCAAAAAAACUGUAAAAGAGUGAGUUUUUGCAAAUUAUGUAAUUUUACAAUGUUGAUUGAUGAAACAGUGCUAUAAUGCUCUGGUCUGAGGGUAAAAUUAUUGUAAAAUCUCUCUUUUUUUUGUUUGUCUCAACAUCUUGUAAUAUGGACACAGAUCACUAAUUAAUGCACAGUUAAUCGUGAUUUAAUAUAUGCGUUAAUAUUGAAACAACCCAGAAUGUGUACAAAAUUUACACCAUCAUCAUGUAUAGCCUUAGUUUACACAUUUAGUCUCUAUAUUGAAUAAAACCAUGUUGGAAGUU